GGGACGACCCGGUGUGGCAUUUCGUGGCCAGAGGGCGUUAUUUGGAUGGGUCGACGGCGGCGGGCAGGAAGAGCGGUCGUCGAUGCCUGUGCAGGUUGUGCGGGCGCUAAAGCCGCCCAGAAGCACUUCUCGAAGAGCGAGAAGUUCCGAUGUGAGGCAGCCACUCCUGCUGUGUGGAAUGUGAUCUGGUCGAAGGACAUGACAAAAUGUCCAAAGGAGUUCGCGUCGGCCAUAGAAACGUUGCAGAGCCACUUGCUAGGUCAUCCGAGCUUGCAGUGGCCACCUCUUCGAUUCCCCGAGGACGCAGUGCCGCCGCUGGUUCCUCCCACCGCCCCUUCUGGAGCGGUCGCAUCGCCCAAUUCUGGGGCUCCGACCAUUCGAGUCACAGUACCGCGUCCUGCAACAACAGUUGCAACACGACCGGCAGCCCCGCCAUCUGCGCCGCUGGCUGGGACACGAGGUGCUCGCGAUGUGGGAGUUGGUCGUUCCACGCCAGCCAACGAGCCCCCGCCUCUGAGGGAUGGUGUGGGCUCUGUGGCAUUUGACGAGGAGAGCACACGUGCAUUUAUUGAGAGUCGCAGGUGGGGGGGGAGUGCCGGCAGUUCAGCACCCGCGCUCGCCCCUGUUUUCAGGAGUGCUAGGCAGUCAGAUGCCGCACGGGGUGGUACUACGGUGGCACCUGGCGCAUCACCCCGCAGUUCGUCGGAGCACCCCUGGCUGCCACCGCCAUCGUCGAGAGCGGCGCAGCGUCCAGUGGUGGAUCAUGGGGUGCCUGCCGAGGAGGUCCCCGCUCCGGUGUCCGAUUCAUCGUCGACCCCUGUUCCGACAACCACGGGCGGUGGUCGGUCUGCCCCACAACCUCCACCCGUGUUGACCGGAACGUUAGACCCUUUGCAGCGCAUUCGUGACCUUGCAGUCGCCCAGAGCGCGACACCUGUGAGCCCUGGCGGGUUGUUGGAUGCUGGGGUCCUCGGCGGGAGAGCUACGAUGGGACGAUGUCGGGGCACUUACAGGCAGCAAGCCGUCACGUCAUAUUAUUCGGACCCUUUGGAGCGCGCAUGGCAUCUGCAAAUCAUGCGGUUCAUCGUCGAGAGCGGGAUGCCGUUCAACAGCACGAAGCUUGAAAGCUUCAAACGUAUGUUCACGAUGAUAAUCCCGCUAGGGGUUCCAAGGGCGCCCGCGCCUAGACUUCCCUCGUACCACAUGCUGCGCACGACCCUUUUGGACGAGCUAGAUGGUGAGGUCCAGAAGCGUGUUCGGCCGGUGCUUGACACGUCGAGAGAGACCGGUUGCACAAUCAUGACCGAUGGUUGGACCAACAUCCGUGGUCAGACGUUGUGCAACUACCUUGUUGGUACAGAGAUCGGGGUGGUGUAUGUGUCCACCGACGUCAUGCGCGGCAAAAAGGACGCCAGUGCCCUCGCGAACGCAUGGUUGAAAAGGGUGAAGUCCAUGGACGUUCAAUUGAGCGACAUCACGGCGUUCGUGACGGACUCCGCUGGGGUGAACGUCGCGGCGAUGGAGGCAUUCCAAAAAGAUGAAAGCGUGAAACACAUGUUCUGGAUUCCUUGCGUCGCCCACAUCAUGGAUCUCAUUCUCGAGGACAUCGGCGGGAUUGAUUGGGUGGCUUCCCGCAUUUCUCAAGCGAGGCUGGUUACAAGGUUCUUCAAGCGCCAUGGACAUGCGAGAGAGGUUCUUGAGGCGCACUCGAUGAAGACUCUUCUGCUACCGGCGGAGACGCGUUUAGGCACGAACGUCAUCAUGAUGGAGAGGCUGCGGCCAAUUUUCGGUCCUCAAAGAAGGCGAAGUUCCCUCACACGGCCGUGUUUGCAGGCAGGAUCCUUCGUAUAUGGGCGACCGCCUCACCGUGCGAGAGAGCGUGGUCUCGUUGGAGCUUCAUUCAUUCGAAGUCUCGCAACAGGUUGGAGGUUCCCCGGGCUGAGAAGCUUGUGCGGUGCCACUGGAACCUCAGGCUACUCGAUCGACCUUCGUUGUGCGACGAUGGUGUUGGAGAGAGGCCCGACGUCUUCGGGAAAUGGGUGCAUUAUUGGCAGGCCGUGGAUGACGAGGCAGUCGUGGACCAGCAGCUCGUCAGAGGCACCGGUGUUCUGGCGAAGCGGGUGCCGUGGCGAUAGGGUUGACGAGCGUGUGGACGACGAUUUUAUGCCCCGUGGUCGCUACGUUUUGAAGCGGUUGAGACACGGGGGUAGGCGGGAUGACAGUAUUGCGUCUCGUGUACGCAGACGUCGUGUCCACAUUGCGAUCGACCCGGUUGCCGUGUCAGAGGACGAGAUGGGAGAUCCUUCCAACGAGACGCAGCGCGACCCGGUUCAUGCAGAGGAGCUAGCCUCGAACACUGAUGUGAUAGUGACGGAGGAGGAUACAGGGUUCAGGAUCACUCAUCCCCGGUCGCCAGCGCCGGUUGUUGGCAUUGAGGAGGAGACGGAGUUCGGAGGACCCAGUCCACUCCGCCAAGCGCAGACUCGGUGCACUCCAGCAGGCGCCCCAAUCCACUCCACAGGAGCGGGUUUGGAGGACGGCGAGGCACGACGUGAGCCGCCUCCUCACAUGAGUGACGGCGGUCUAGAGGAGGGAGAGGUUGCACCCACUCCCACUUGUGGAAAGGACGGGGAGGACGAACGUCCUCCGACGGACCACCACGUUGGCCUCGACUGCCCGCCCGACAGUCUUCCGCCCAYCGACGAGCUAUUCACCAUGGAUUCCGCCUUGGCAUCUCUGCCCGAUAUAUCGCUACUGAUAUCUCCCACUUUGCCGGUUGUGGCACCACCGGAGCCUGCUAGAUGAGAUGACGCACGUCGUGACAGAGGGUUCGACGAGUUCGGCGGCGACACGAUACUGCAUCCUCCAGAGUCCGGCACUCCCGCCAUUUUUCAUGUCGGUGCACCGUGGGCGGUGGAGCAGGGGUUGGCGGAGGAGGUAGCACCGAACCGUCGUGGUGGACCGCACGUUGCAGCUCAAUGAAGUCUGGAAGGUUCACUAGAGGCAGCGCCAGGAGAUUUUUUGGCGCAGGGGGGUCAUGGUUCGCAGCUGUUAUCGG